UCAAUAGCCUGCGCCAGCAGUGUGGUCGCCGCGCCUCGCAGGCAGAGAAAGCGCCGCCGAGCAGCCCGAAGGAGCCGAAACAGACGAGCCGCAGUUUACUAUCGCCAUUCAGCAGGACUGCAUCGAUUUUUGGCACAGAGGACGGGAGAAAUCAGGGCGCGCGAAAAAUGUCGGACAUCAUAUUCGGAGGCAUCGAAGGAGGUGCUACGCACUCAAAAAUUGCGCUCUACAAUGGACUAGGAUCUAAACUGGUGGAGUGCGCUGGCCCUGGAACGAACCAUUACUUGACAGGCAUGGUGGAGUGCCAAAAGAGAAUCUUCAACAUGGUCCAGUUGGCGAAGAGGACGGCCAAAUUGCCCGAGGACACCACCCUGGCCGCCCUUGGUCUGAGUUUGAGCGGCUGCGAGGACGACCUGGGCAACGCUCAGCUGCGGGACGGUCUGCAAGAGGCGUACCCCAACCUGAGCAAGGUGUACCACGUGUGCAGCGACACUGUGGGCGCUGUGGCCACCGCGCUUGAGCACGGCGGCCUCGUCAUCAUCGCGGGCACCGGCUCCAACACCCUCCUCCUCAACCCCGACGGCUCCGAGGGCCGCUGCGGCGGAUGGGGCUACAUGCUCGGCGAUGAAGGCAGCGGCUACUGGAUUUCCCACAAGGCGAUCAAGACGUGCUUCGACAAAGAGGACGGUCUGGUAGACACACCCUACAGCACCGACCUUGUCUGGCAGCUGAUUAAGGACCACUUUUCCAUCACAGACAGAUUCGGCCUGCUCCAACACUGCUACACGAAUUUCGAAAAGUCGUUCUUCGCCAGUCUGUGCAAGAAGUUAUCCUUGGCAGCCAGUCAAGGUGACGGCCUCUCCAAGUGGCUCUUCCAACAGGCGGGUCGGGAUCUAGCAAGAUUCGUCGUCGCCGUCUGGCCUCAAGUACAAAAGCAACCUCUAUUCCAGAAACUGCUGGAGCAGCCGGGCGGUCUUCCAGUAGUUUGCGUUGGCUCGGUGUGGCUUAGCUGGGAACACCUGCAGCCCGGCUUUGUGGCUGAGCUGGCGGCGCACUCUGAGAUCAGGGAGCUGACCCUGCUACAGCUGAGGAGCAGCGCGGCCGUCGGCGCCACGUACCUGGCGGCCAGAAUGGUGCACGCCGACUUCCCUGCCGACUACACCAGCAACUACCAGGUCUUUUUCAGCUACCACAAGGAGAAGCAGGCCAACGGUGUGGCCAAGAUGAACGGAGACACCAACGGCACGCACGUCACCAACGGCCACGCCAAAGUUCAAUAGCUCACUUGAAAAUCAAAUUAUUGAAUUACAAAAUUCAUGUUAAUGUCGUCCAAGAGAAAAAUUUUAUAUAUGAUUUUAAAUGAAAUUAUACACAGAAUGUAUUUAGAGAAUUUCAAGCUCCUCUCGAAAAGUUCCAUUCCAACUUGUGCCAACGAGGAUGGUUUUUACAAACGUGGAUGGCAAGAUUUACAAACUAAUCUUUUGACCUGAUUACAAAUAAGGUGUGGAUUUUCAUUUGAUUUUUGAAGUAUGCUGCGCACUUUUCAUUAAGAGUAAGGCUUAAAAAAAUGUUGUUGCACCGAAUGCGCAGGUUAAAAUUGUGAGUUGACCCAACACAGUGAAUUGUAUAGUAGAGAGUAAUGAAUAAUUUUGAGAUUGAGUUAUUUGCUAAGCAUUGAAAUGUUAAGUUAGAGUUAUAAACCCCAUGUUUUAGUGCAGGUACCAUGUUGAAGCUGUCUAUUUUUAUAAUAUAAACACAUGGCAAGUUUUAAACGUAAAAUAUUUCAAUAAAUUAUGCUAUUGUCCUGUU